AUGGCAGCAGACAGCAAGCCAGCUCCCGAGGCCAAGCCAAGCGCUGCUCCCGGGAAAAGGGCCGUCCACAAGAUCCGAACGGCCAGUCUCGUGGUGAGCUUGGCACGAGGCUGGCAGCAGUGGGCCAGCGACCGCAACAUCAAGCAAGCGCAAGAACCCUCCGGGUGGGUACCCAACAGGGAAGACUCAUCGGCUCAGCCGCUGCCAGAAAGACCGCAGGAAAAAUGGUCCAUAACAUCUGCUAAGGGGCAGCAGGUGAGAGACGAUGAAACAUCCUCGGCAAAGGAAUCGGUGACAAUAGGAGAGGAUGAAAAAAAAUCAAGGGAGUCAGAUGAAGCCCUCAAAAAGCUGAACAUAAAAUGCAAAGAGGUUUCCAAAACCGUUGUCAGUAAAGCUUAUGAAAGGGGAGGUGACAUCAGCCUCCUCAGCGAUAGAUAUGAACAUGACAAUAGCAGCUCAGAGAUGAUAAAGCUGAAAGAAGAAGCAAGCGCUAUCGACAAAGUUCUUAGUGGCAAAUUAUCUCCAACACUGAGGAGAAAGUGCUCAAACCUGGUGUCAGACCUGAGCAAGAGCUGGAAAGUGAUGGAACAAGAGGACAAGGUUCCUAAGCAGGAGCUGCUGCUUAAGUGCCAGGAGGACAGCAUGGAUACAGCGGACAGCGGCUAUGGAGAAGCAGAGGAUAGAGUUGAGCUAGAAGAUGGUGACCAAGAGAAAGUGGCUGCUGUGAGGAUUAAACAACCUGCACCGUCUCUCGCCAGCAAAUUUACUGAAGAAAUAAGCAGGAAAGCUCACAGGAAAUACAGCCCCGUGAACAGCCUGAGAGAGAGAUGGCAAGACUGGACGGAGCAGCACAUCCUCACGCAGAAGCUGAACCCCUUCAGCGAGGGCUUUGACCACCAGCUGGCCAUGUCCACGCGCCUGCACAAGGGAGACGAAGGCUACGGCCGCCCCAAGGAGGGAACCAAGACGGCGGAAAGGGCCAGGAGGGCCGAGGCCCACAUCCACCGGGAGAUGCGAGACCUGUGCUUCAUCAUCGCCUCCAUCGGCAGGCCCCGGCGCGACGGCAAGGUCCAAGUCACCUUCGGGGAGCUCUUCGACAGAUACGUUCGUAUUUCCGAUAAGGUUGUUGGGAUUCUCAUGAGGGCCAGGAAACACGGCCUGGUGGACUUCCCCGGGGAAAUGCUGUGGCAAGGCAGGGAUGACCACGUCGUAAUCACGCUGCUAAAAUAA